AUGGGAAACUCUAAAGCCUUGAAUGCGAUCUUUAAUGGUGUUGACAAAAACAUGUUCAGACUCAUCAACACAUGUACUGUUGCAAAGGAAGCCUGGGAUAUUCUGAAGACUGCACAUGAAGGAACUGCUAGAGUGAGGAUGUCUAGACUUCAAAUGCUUACCACUCAGUUUGAAAACUUGAGGAUGACAGAAGAAGAGACAAUUUCAGAGUUUCAUAUGCGUGUACGUGAUCUGGCCAACUCAUCCUUUGCCUUGGGAGAACCUAUGUCUGAUGAAAAACUGGUAAGAAAAAUUCUGAGAUCUCUGCCCAAGAAGUUUGCUAUGAAGGUCACUGCAAUUGAGGAAGCUCAAGACAUUGGAAGCAUGAAGGUAGAUGAACUUAUUGGAUCUUUGCAAACUGGAAAUCUCUCUGAAGCUCUGGCUCUUCUUGGAAGGAAGUUCAACAGAGCCUUAAGAAAGAUUGAUAAGAAAUCGAAGACUAAUGUCCAGGACAUGAGGUUCGACAACCCAAGAUCUGCAAAUUUUCAAAGGAAGGCAAGAGAAGAUGAGAAGUCUGAUGAAGACACUGAUGAGGAAGAUGAGAUUACUGCCAACAAAGUUACAGCCUUCUCUGGAACAAUUGAUGAAUCUGAUUCUAGUGAUGAGGAAAUAACUGAUGAAGAAUUGGCUGAAACCUAUAGGUUACUACAUAACAAGUGGAAGGAAGCAUGUGAGCAUGUGAGAGAGCAAGAAAGCGAGAUAAAGCAAUUAACUACUCAAAAUGAGAAGCUAUGUGAGAUUGGCAGGAAACUAAAAGAUGAACUCAAUGACUGGAAGUCAAAGCUUGAAGAUAUUGAUACUCUUGAAAAGGUGAAACUCAUGAAGAUUAAUGCUGAGUUGGAAGAUGAAAUAGCUUCUUUGAAAAACAAGCUUGAAACCACACACAAAUCCCUUAGGAUGCUGAAUAAUGGUUCAGAUAUGCUUGAUGAGAUUCUCAAGGAAACACGCAAACAAGGGAGAAGCUUGAAGGGUAUUGGUUUUGAUUACAAGACUGCUAACAAGGAAGGUCAUAAGAGUCCAAAGAAAUUUGUGAGUGCUGUAAAACAAUCUGAGUUCAAUAAGCCAAUCAUCAAACUGAUGUCAGAUCCGAUGUCUCAGCAUGUGCCUCAACAUGUGACUACUCAGUACAGAAAUGUUAGAAGUGCUCCUUGGAGAUGUCACUACUGUGGAAGAAAUGGUCAUAUAAGGCCUUACUGUUUCAAGUUGUAUGGUUAUCCUCAAAUAUCAAGUCUGCCAAGAAGCUCUGAGAACACUCAAGUGAAAAGAAGAUGGAUACCCAAGGGUGAAGUCUCAAGUCUGAUUGCUCACACUUCUUUUAGAGUCUCAUCAAGGGAAGAUUGGUAUUUUGAUAGUGGUUUCUCGAGACAUAUGACAGGAGACAAGAGCUAUUUGGAAAACAUCAGGGGACACACCAGCAGCUAUGUCACCUUUGGAGAUGGAGCUAAAGGAAAAAUCAAAGGAAUUGGUAGGCUUGUGGGUUAUGAAUCACCUAAUCUAACUGAUGUGUUGCUUGUGAAAGGACUGACAGCCAAUCUAAUCAGCAUAAGCCAACUCUGUGAUAAAGGACUUGAUGUGAAAUUUAGCAAAACAGAAUGUGUUGUCACUAAAGAUGAUGAAGAAGUAGUAAUGAGGGGGGUCAGAUCCAAGGAUAAUUGCUACAUGUGGAUCUCAGAAGAGAAGUCUCAUUUCUCAAGAUGCUUGUUAUCAAAGGAAGAUGAGUUAAAUCUCUGGCAUCAAAGACUGGGCCAUCUUAAUCUCAAGAGUAUGCAGAAAGUCAUCACUGAAGAAGCUAUCAGAGGACUGCCUAAGCUAAAGCUUGGUGAAGGAAGAGUGUGUGGUGAAUGUCAGAUAGGCAAACAAACCAAGAUGUCACACAAGAUGCUCCAGCAUCAGACUACAACAAAGUUACUUGAGCUCUUACACAUGGAUCUCAUGGGCCCUAUGCAGGUUGAAAGUCUAGGAGGAAAGAGGUAUGUAUUUGUUUGUGUUGAUGACUUUUCUAGGUACACCUGGGUGGACUUCAUCAGAGAAAAAUCUGACACAUUUGAGAUCUUCAAGAAUCUUUGUCUAAAACUUCAAAAUGAAAAGGGCAGUGCCAUUGUAAGGAUUAGGAGUGAUCAUGGUAAGGAAUUUGAAAACUCCAAGUUCUCUGAGUUCUGUGGAUCAGAAGGAACAUCAGCUACUCAGUAUGAAUUAUGGAAGGGAAGAAAACCUACAGUAAAGUAUUUUCAUGUGUUUGGAAGUAAGUGUUAUGUACUUGCUGAUCGAGAACAAAGAAGAAAGCUAGAUCCUAAGAGUGAUGUGGGCUUAUUCAUGGGAUAUUCUACUAAUAGUAGUGCUUACAGGGUGUAUAAUCUUCGCACAAAGACCAUGAUGGAAUCAUUCAAUGUGAUUGUAGAUGAUCAGCCAAGUGAAGCACAGGAAAAUGUGUUGGUAGAAGAUGAAGAUGUUACUGAAGGUGCAGAUGUGCCAGCAGAUGACCUGAACAUCGAGCCUGAAUCAUGCGAAACUGUUCAAGAUGAUAAGAUGGCUACUUCUAACAAAGCUCCCUCAAUUAGGAUUCAGAAGAUACAUCCACAAGAAAACAUCAUAGGUGAUCUUCAUGAAGGAGUCAUUACUAGAUCCAGAAACUUCAUUGCUCAUGCUUGCUUCAUAUCCAAACUGGAACCCAAAAAUGUCAAUGAGGCUUUGACUGAUGAAUACUGGAUUAAUGCAAUGCAAGAAGAACUGGACCAGUUCAGAAGUGCUGAUGAUAGAAAAAGUACAUCAGGAGGAUGUUUCUUUCUUGGAAAUAACCUGAUCUCAUGGUUUAGCAAAAAGCAGAAUUGUGUUUCCUUAUCUACAGCAGAAGCUGAAUACAUUGCAGCAGGAAGUAGUUGUACCCAGUUAAUGUGGAUGAAACAAAUGCUCAAGGAAUAUGAUGUUGAACAGGAUGCCAUGGCAUUGUACUGUGACAAUCUCAGUGCUAUUAAUAUUUCCAAAAAUCCAAUUCAGCAUAGCAGGACUAAACACAUUGACAUUCGACAUCAUUUUAUCCGAGAUUUAGUUGAAGACAAGAUAAUCACUUUGGAGCAUGUGACUACUGAGAAGCAGUUGGCUGAUAUUUUCACAAAACCCCUUGAUGCAUGCACAUUUGAGAAGUUAAGAGGAAGUCUUGGAAUUUGCUUAAGUGAAAGCCUAUAG